UUUGCUUUGCUUACCUUUCAAAUCCCCCAAUUCUCUCCCCAGAUUUUCUCUGUAAUCCUCACACACCAUGGCUGCUACUACAACAUCUUGAGCCUGAAGUUGCGAAACAAAGUGAAUCAUGCUAGUCGCGACACGCCAGACUCUCUUUAUCGGAAUUGGCGUUAGCCUUCUUUUGCUGCUUUUGUAUAUCUCGAGGAGCUCUCUGUCCCAAGCAACUCGGAUAGUUACUCCAACUCCAACGGCCCCAGCCCCGCCUCUUCCACCGAUCCAUCACAGUGCAGACAAUGCUACCUUGGGGUUUCAAAAGAUCCUCGCUCUCUCCACGGGUCCUUCAUGGCGAACUCGGGGAUUAUUAGCUGCCGCAAACCUGACAGGCCUCUCCAUUGAUAUUCCACCACAGCCACCAAUUCACCCUGACCUCGUUACAACAUUUGAAACCCUAGGACAAGAUGGCAUUGAGCGACCUACCCACGGUGCAAGCAUUGCCUGGCUUGCGCAUCUCGAUAUCAUCAAAUACACAAUCCAAGCAGACCUCGACACUGUCCUAAUCCUCGAAGACGACGCAGACUGGGACGUAUCCAUUCGCUCGCAAAUGAUCAAGGUAGCCGAGGGCGUCCGCAAUCUGACAAAAACAACCGAGAUUGGUACUGCACCGUAUGGCCGUGACUGGGACGUCCUUUGGAUCGGUCACUGCGGGGAAUACUGGGAAGACAUGUACGAGACGAUCUUAUUCGAGGAUCCCACUGCAUGCCCCCAUAAAUACUACUUUGGCUGGGCGAAGUCGUUCGUCGAACGUAUGCCGGAUCACCAGCGCGCAGUGUAUAGGUCGGUCAAUCCGGUGUGUUCUUUCGCAUAUGGUUUGUCACGGCCCGGCUCUCGGAAAGUGCUGGAGCUGCUAGGUGCAGGGCAGGACGAAGCAUUUGACGUGAGCAUGAUGCACUCUUGUAAAGCUGGAAAAUUGAACUGUAUAUCGGUUUUGCCCGAGGUUGUGCAUCAGUAUUUUCCCAGCCCAGCAUUCGGAGUCAAGAGUAAGGUAGAUAUUGGAAAUGGGGAGCAGGCUGGUCCUGACGAGGCUGAGUUCGAGCAUAUCAAGGGUUCGACGGAGAAUAUUCUUGAAAGUGCGCGAUGUCGUGCUUUGUGGGAUCAGAGAUGCUUGAAGGAAUGAUUUUCUUUUUCUUGUUCUUCAGAUCGGUUGGUUAUGUUGCCGUUUUUUUUUUUUUUUUU